CGGCCAUGCACAUCUCUAGCUGACACUAAACAAAACAACACGCGCAAAAAAACGAAGAAAAUACUGCAACUUUUUUGUUUAUGCAGUAAGUGUCGCAUCAGCAUCGUCAUGGACAUCCUUUUGGCCAACGUGAACAGCCUGCAGUUCAAGGCGGAGCGGGAUCUCAUCGAACAGGUGGGCGCAAUUCCGCUGCCGUUCUAUGGCAUGGACAAGUCCAUUGCGGCCGUCUGCAAUUUCAUCACAAGAAGCGGCCAGGAGUGCGACAAGGGGAGCGCGUGCCCGUUCCGUCACAUACGUGGCGACCGCACCAUAGUGUGCAAACACUGGCUGCGCGGCCUUUGCAAGAAGGGGGACCAGUGCGAGUUCCUGCACGAGUACGACAUGACCAAGAUGCCCGAAUGCUACUUCUACUCCCGCUUCAAUGCCUGCCACAACAAGGAGUGCCCGUUCCUUCACAUCGACCCGCAGAGCAAGGUGAAAGACUGCCCCUGGUACAAGCGUGGUUUCUGUCGCCACGGACCCCACUGUCGCCAUCAGCAUCUGCGGCGCGUGCUCUGCAUGAACUACUUGGCCGGCUUCUGCCCGGAAGGACCCAACUGCAAGCACAUGCAUCCGCGUUUCGAGCUUCCGCCCCUGGCGGACCUCAGCAAGGACCAGCUACACAAGAAGCUUCCUACAUGCCACUACUGCGGCGAGCUCGGCCACAAGGCCAAUUCCUGCAAGCAAUACGCGGGCAGCCUCGAGAACCGCAACAAUAUCAAUGCCAUGGACCACAGUGGCGGCGGCGAUGGCAACGACGACGGCCCGCUCAGUCAUCCGCCUCCGCCUUUCCUGAAAAUACCAACGCCGCUGGAGGAGAUCACCUGCUACAAGUGCGGGCACAAGGGCCACUACGCCAACAAGUGUCCCAAGGGCCACCUAGCGUUUCUCUCAAAUCAACAUAGUCAUAAAUAGUGCCUAGCGCCGUGGUUAUUUGUAUAUGUAAGUUGUAAGGGCUCUGUAUAGAAUAAAUCUUCCGACAUGCAGCCAGAAGAAAA